GGGAGCUCCCAAUUCCCAGCUCGGCAGUUCCCAUUGAAAAGCUUUCCUUCCCCUUUUGCCUUUUCUGCAGUUAAAGCAACAACCACCGUAACCUACACCGCGAAGUUUUUCUCGUGUGGCCACCGCCAUUACCACAGAAACACUUUGUGUGGACAGCUGACGCCCAUAACCACUGGAAAAAUAUCGAAAAUUCCCCCUUAAGUUGAUUAUGGGCUGUGGGUCCCUUUCUCUAGUAUUAAGACAUAGAUAUGCUAUGAUGGUUUCUGGGAAUUCCUCUUGUUCUAGAACCCAUAACCUUCUUCUUCAAGUUCUCGUCUUUGCCUGCAACCUGUUUGAUGUUUUGCUCCUUCGGCGUUUCUUGUUGUUUUCCUCUGCGUUUGGUUGGAAGCAUAAUAAGCGUGAGUUUGAGAGUUUUCUAGUUUGGGAAUUUCUCGCUCUGGUGGGACUUUCUCAACACUGUUUUGAAGUUAAAGGGUCUCUUGAGCUCUCUAUGCUGCUUGCUUCGAUAUAGAAGAGCUCUAGCCUCUAGGCUUAUACCCAUGAAGAGGGUUGGUAGCUCUUUGUGAAUAGUUGCUUUUGCUUGGUCGACUCUGUUGAGAUAACUAGUAAAGGUAGUGAACUGCAACUGCUCUGGUUUACCUGUGAGCCAUGGCAUCAUUAUUGCUUAAAGCUUUCCCUGUAUCUCUUCCUUUCUUGAGAGCUCCAGAGAGCAGCAAGCCUCAGUUUCAAGUGAAGGUCCGGAGUUUAGACCGCGAUGAAGCAUCAUCGUCGACAGCAUUUUCAUCAGAUUCAGUGGUGUUGAAUGGAAGGAGUUUCACCAGAGGCAAAGAUGAGGUGGAGUCACUGUUCGAUGGUGGUGUUGAGCAGAAAGAGAAAAGCAUGUCUCCUUUGGUUGCUGAAGGGAAUGGGAGGUUGAGUUUUAGCAGUGGUGGUGAGAAAAGUAGAAGAAAAGGUGCUAUUUCAGAGGACAUGGAUGUGCUAUGGGAUGAUGGAUAUGGAACCAAGACUGUGAAAGACUAUCUUAUUGCAUCUAAAGAUAUGAUUAGGCAAGAUGGAGGGCCUCCUCGUUGGUUUUGUCCAGUUGAGUGUGGGCAACCGCUCGAAGAUUCUCCCGUUCUUCUUUUUCUGCCUGGGACCGAUGGUGUUGGCUUGGGACUUACGUUGCACCAUAAAGCACUUGGGAAGGUGUUUGAAGUUAGGUGCCUCCAUAUUCCAGUUUAUGACCGAACUCCAUUCCAAGGCCUGGUGAAAUUUGUGGAGGACACUCUGAAGUCUGAGCAUUCCUCAUCUCCAAACAGGCCAAUUUAUCUGGUAGGGGACUCAUUUGGAGGAUGUUUAGCUCUUGCUGUCGCCGCGAGGAAUCCUCAAAUAGACCUUGUAGUCAUAUUAGUCAAUCCAGCUACUUCAUUUACAAGGUCUCAGAUUCAACCUCUCCUUCCUGUCUUGGAGGCUAUGCCUAACGAAUUCCAUAGUGUGGUUCCCUAUCUUUUGAGCGGCAUCAUGGGUAAUCCAUUGAAAAUGGCAAUGGUUGGUUUGGAAGAUAGGCUUCCUCCAAGGGAGAAAAUUGAACAGUUGUCUGGAAAACUUACUUCGUUACUUGAUUACCUUUUUGUGUUAAGUGAAAUUAUUCCAAAGGAAACUCUUGUUUGGAAGUUGAAACUGAUACAGACAGGUUCCUCUUAUGCUAAUUCACGUCUGCAUGCUGUAAAAGCUGAAGUACUACUACUCGCCAGUGGCCAAGAUUUCAUGCUUCCUAGCAAGAAUGAAGCUCAGCGUCUUAAAAAAGGGUUGCAGAAUUGUCAAGUUCGUUACUUCAAGGACAAUGGGCAUACCCUUCUAUUGGAAGAAGGCCUCAGUUUGCUUACUAUCAUUAAGGGUGUAGGCAAAUAUCGUCGUUCACGGAAGGUUGACCUUGUCAUGGAUUAUGUCCCACCUAGCAAAUCAGAAUUUGAACGGAUAUUCUUCAAAGAUGGCAGGUUCAUGCAGGCAGUUACUGGAACUGUGAUGCUAUCAACAUUAGAAGAUGGAAGGAUAGUGAAAGGUCUAGCUGGGGUUCCAACACAAGGACCUGUGCUGUUAGUUGGGUACCAUAUGCUGAUGGGUGUAGAACUUCAUUCCCUUGUUGGGGAGUACUUGAAACAGAAGAACAUCCUCCUUCGCGGGAUAGCUCAUCCAGAAAUAUUCGGCGGCAGAUUCGAGUCCUCGUCCUCUGAGUUCAAUUUCCAGGACUGGAUUAAAGUGAUGGGUGGAGUGCCUGUUGCAGCAAGCAAUUUUUUCAAAUUGCUCUCAUCAAAAUCACAUGUUCUUCUUUAUCCUGGAGGUGCCCGCGAGGCUCUACAUUACAAGGGGGAAGCACACAAGCUGAUCUGGCCUGAACAACAGGAAUUCGUCAGGAUGGCUGCCAAGUUUGGAGCCACAAUUGUACCAUUUGGAGGCGUGGGAGAAGAUGAUCUAGUAGAGUUGGUUCUUGACUACAAAGACCUGAUGAACAUCCCUAUCCUGAACAACUACAUUAGAGACAUUGCUCGCAGUGCUCCGAGAGUGAGGGAUGAGACUAAAGGUGAAGUCGCCAACCAAGAACUUUUUGUUCCAGGGCUAUUGCCAAAGGUUCCUGGCCGAAUGUAUUUUCUCUUCGGGAAGCCCAUAGAGACUAAAGGAAGGGAAGACAUCCUCAGAAACAGAGAAGAUGCUCACCAGCUCUACUUGCAGAUAAAAUCUGACGUCGAAAUGAAUAUAGAUUACCUUUUGAAGAAGAGAGAGAAAGAUCCUUACCGGAAUGUUUUCGACAGGAUGGUUUAUCGUGCACUGUAUCCUUCUUUGCAGGAAGUUCCCACAUUCGAUCUCUAAGAAGAGAUAUUGGCAUUAAUUAAAGUAGUUGCUAGCUGCAAAUUCUGUCAUUAAUUCACAAAAAGUUGUCUGUAUAAAGAGGAGUAACAAGUAGGAUGCCAUUACUAGUUUCUGAUAUGUAAGCCUUGAGUUAGACAUCCAAAUGAAGUCAAUCAUGUGUCUCCUGUAAUGUCUCUAUCCAACAUUAUGGUUGAGUUUCACAGUUUGCAACUUACUAACAACUGAAUCUCUCCCUUGCAAAAUUUCCA